CCCGGAUAUAACAUUGAUGUUUGACCAUAUAGGAAUCUGCCAAGAAUGAAAUAUAAUUAUAAUGUUCCAAAUAAAUAUUAUAAUGUAAAUGGCAUUCCGUUGUAGUGACCCCCGGAUGGUGGGUAUACCCACAUUCCCGUAUCCGGCCCCUCGUCUUUGUAUCGCGAAGGAUGCACGUUCCCAAAACAAACCGUUCUCUUCCAAACCCUAACCCUAAUCCUCGACACUUCUCAUCGAUCAACAUCAAUCUCGCACCAUAACCCAAAUUAUUCUCGUAAUCAUGUUGAUCUAGCUCGGUGAAUUAAUAAGAGAUGGCGAUAUCGAACGCGAAUCAUCAGCUCGCUCUGGUAGUACCGUCGAACACGACAACGUCGUAUGAGGGGCUGUUGGAAUCUCAGAAAGAACUAUUGAGCAAACAGAUCUGUGAGCUGCAAAACAUCGUUUCAAGGCAAUGCAAACUUACCGGCGUCAACCCUCUCUCUCAAGAAAUGGCAGCUGGUGCUCUUUCAAUUAAAAUUGGGAAAAGACCCAGGGAUCUACUGAACCCAAAAGCAAUAAAAUACAUGCAAUCAAUUUUCUCUGUCAAAGAUGAAAUCAGCAAGAAGGAAAUCCGAGCAAUUAGUGCUCUUUUUGGUUUAACAGCAACACAGGUGAGGGACUUCUUUACUAGUCAACGCUCGAGAGUUCGGAGAUUUAUCCGCAUAUCAAGAGAGAAGGCAAACCAAUCUUCUGAAUGUGUGCAAAAUCAAGAUGGGCCAUUGAGCUCUAAUGUGGACCCACUUAAUCACCCUGUUCCAUUGAACUCUGUGGGUCCAUCCAGUGUUGAAGCACCUUCAUGUUCCACCCAAGAUGAAGUGUUACCUGAUACAGAUGACUCGGAUAAGUAUUUUACAGCCAAUAUUUUUAGUCUGAUGCGGAAAGAAGAAACCUUUUCUGGACAAGUCAAAUUGAUGGAAUGGAUCUUGCAGAUACAAAAUCCUUCAGUGCUCUAUUGGUUUCUAACAAAUGGAGGUGUGAUGAUUUUAGCUUCGUGGCUGAGUGAAGCAGCAAUCGAAGAACAAACCAGUGUUCUUCAUGUCAUUCUUAGGGUUCUUUGUCACCUGCCAUUACAUAAAGCUCUUCCAGCACACAUGUCAGCCAUAUUGCAAAGUGUCAAUAAACUUCGGUUUUACAGGGUAUCAGAUGUCUCAAACAGGGCAAAAAGUCUGUUGUCUAGAUGGAGCAAAAUGUUUGCAAGAAGCCAAGCCAUGAGAAAACCCAAUGCCAACAUUUCCGCAGUUGAUGCACAAAAUGAGAUAUUGCUGAAGCAAAGCAUUGGUGAAAUUAUGGAAAAUGAAUCUUUCCACUCAAGAAUUGAGAACCCUGCAGCGAUAUAUUCAUUGCUAGAGAACUCUGAAAACUCAAGGUCACAGUCGAUCAAAUUGCUCGCAUCACCAUCCGAUGACUCAAAUAUGAAGCUUCUUAAAGGCGUAUCUUCAUCUCAUGGCAAAGAACGCAGGAAAGUACAGCUGGUGGAGCAGCCCGGCCAAAGAGCAGGUGGGCGGGGCCCACAGGUUACAAGGUUGUUUCCUUCAGCACAGGGACGUCCACUUUCGGCUGAUGAUAUACAGAAAGCCAAAAUACGGGCUCAGUUCAUGCGUAGUAAGUACGGGGAAAGUUACGUGGGCUCUCACCCUCACGUGAAAACUGAAGUUCCUCGGGUGUUGAUGUCUGCCACCUCAUCAUCUUCAUCUUCAUCAUCUAAAGCUCCUGUGCAUCCUAAAGUUCAGCCUAAAGUUGAUGAGGAAAAGAAGGAGCUAGUAAAGAAUGAAGUGCAGGAGGUGGAGGAACCUGCGUGGAAGAAGUGCAAGAGCUUACUCAUAUCAUGGGUGAAUCCACCAGAAAUGAAGAUGAAUAAGGAGUGGAGUGUGUGUUAUGGAGAGAACAGCAAAGAAGUCGAGGUCCAAAACAAACGAAUGAAACGUGAAAAAGAAGUUUUUUACAACACAAAUCUUGAAAUCCCAGCAAAUCCCAAAGAACCAUGGGACCGAGAAAUGGACUACGAUGAUUCCCUAACACCCGAAAUCCCAACUGAACAGCUUCCUGAUGAAGACGAUGAGAAUAUGAAAAUGGUAACCCAGGAACCCACACAAACAGAAGCUGUUACAAUAUCUGAAAAUAACAAGCUGAGCAGCAUCGGUCCGGAUCUUGAACUGUUGGCAGUGUUGCUUAAGAACCCACAGAUUGUGUUUGCAUUGACGGCUGGUCAAGGUGGGAGCUUGAGCAAUGCACAAAUGGUGAAGCUUCUUGAUGCCAUGAAAGCCAAUGCGGCUUCUGGUGGCUCCAUUGAUAGCCUUGUUAGCGGCUUAUUAGUUGAUGAACCACACAAAACCAAAACAGAGGAGAAGAGGGUGGUUGAAGUAUCUCUACCAUCUCCAACUCCAUCAACCAACCCUGUAACGAGUGGAAUUGGAUGGCGGGCGGGGGCGGAAAGUGGUAAAAAUCAGUUUAGUUCCCGACAAAGUGUGACGGUUAAUGGUGACGCUUACCCCAUUCCACGUGUCCAUUUUCAAGAAACCAGUUUGCUGACUCACCAACAAUUACAUGCAAAUGCUCCGAUUACGCAUCAUCAAAGAUUCACCGAUGUGGUCCCUGACCAGAGAAACAUUCCGGCACCAAGUAAUUUGACCCAACAGGCAACUUCUUCUCAGAGAAACAUUCAUGGAGUGAACACGUCUUCUAAUGCUUACUUUUUACCCGGUGUGGGUGGGUCGCAUGCAUGGGCGGGGCAGGAGAGUCCAUAUGCUCCGGCUGAUCAUAGUAGUACAAACUACAAUGCAUAUGGUACAAGAGAGGCGGGUCCGGGUCCGGGUCCGGGUCCUUCGUGGGGGAGAAACAGCAACAGUGGAGGAUAUCAUCCUCGUGGGUUUGAUUCAUGGAGCCCCGAGGAGAGUCCGGUUAGGUCUCGUGAAUAUGAUGAGAGGGAGAGGGAGAGGGAGAGGGAGGAUCAUAGCCGGAGGAGCUAUGGUUAUAAUUACAGUAAUAAUAGGCCAGAAAUGUUGAGAAUGCAAAAUGAGCAUUCUAGGUCUAGAGACCGGGGUGGUGCUGGUGGUGGCCGGAAUGAAGCUUCAAGGUGGCGGGUUAGGAGGAGAUAGAUCAUCUCCGAUUAUUGUUGGGUUGAUGGACGUUUUCAGUUUUGAUUCUAAAAAGAAAAGAAAACAAACAAACAAAAUUGACAACUAAAAUCUUGUAGCUUCUUUUUUCUUAAUUCUAUUACGUCACACCCAAAACAAAUGAAAUACAAGUUAGUCUCAAGUGUUUUGGAUGAACAACCGCAAAAAACUUCAAAACAAAACCAAAAUUAAUAUUUUUUAUUUUAUUUUAUUUUAUUUUUAAAACAAUUGCUGUAACCAGCUACGAGUGCUUUACAGUUUACAUUUCACCAUUUUCACCACAAAACAAAACAUUGAAUAAUAUCAAAACCAAACACCUCAAUCGGAAAUAACGAGCUUUUCUGAAU